AUGAGCUUUCCAAAGAUUCUCAGCCCUCAGCCACCAGCACCCGAGACUCCGGGUGCGAAAUACCACACUACUCCAGACCGGGGUGGUCGUGAUAUUAACAAGUCCUGCCCCCUCCCUGGGCCUAUCCAGUCAACUGAAGAAUCACAUGGCCUAAUGGCCCCAUUAUCACACAACACUCUCAGUACGGAGUAUAAUACCGCUCCUAAGCGCCACCCUCUACCGACUUCGCCAAUAUACCGGCAUUUUAGCACCCAUGUCGCUCCAAGGAGCCAUUACGAUCCCACCUGGGAAGAGAGUGAUCAUAACACCUAUCCGAGUGACAGCGAUGUUCCUACCGUGUUGAAUGAUGACAGGUAUGAUGAGUACAACGCUCGGGACAGCGAUGAGGAUUACUUUUCGGCUGAGAACGAUACUAUUCCGAAUGAUAUUAUUCGCAAUACCACACAAGCCAGAGGCAACCAUCGUCUCGAUACCCCCCCCAGCUCUCUAGCUACAUUGAAUGAUCCAAAUGGUUCUAUCAUGCGUCAGACUCGCAGCCAGACUCGCAAUACAAUAUCUCGCCCUACUCCGAAUAGGGGUAGCAGUCAUAUUUACCCCCCUGAGUCUGCCUUUCCUAUUCAUUCUCAGAGCCCCAAUGAGCUAUCAAACAUGCCUGGCAAACAGCCAACCCUUGGCAAUUCUGGAACUCUGAGAAUACAAUCAGACAGCCCAGGUCCAAGUUCAUCGACGACACAGAAAAGGUGUCUGACACAACCAAGUGAAAUGAAUUCCCAGGUGCGGAAGAGAAUCAAGUCCUCCCAAGAUCAAACUCAUACGGAACGGGGCCCUGAAUAUACCCCUAUUAAUAAUGAGCUCUGGGAGGUAGAUAGGUUUUACAUCCGGUACCCCGAUGGACUCUCACAGAGCUCCUCUGUUUCCGGAGAGGAGCUCAUUAUUAAGGCCGUCUGGAAGGCAACCCGUAUUACAUAUAAUGAUCUAUCUUCUGUUCUAAGGGAGUCAAUCCACAAUGCCUACGCACUUGGUGGUAAGAAAAGAUUGCAGGCCUUCAAAGGGCUUAUAUCUGAUGUCAAGAGACAGUUUGGAGCGAAGUAUCAAGGAUGGCAAUUUGAUUGCAAAUUCAUUCCGCCUCGCAAGGGCGCUAAGGGAACAAGGGUGACUCCUUUUUGGGCCCGUUGGAAAUUGACCACAGUACGGUUCCAGGAUCUAUCUCCUAUGUUGAAGGAAGAGGUGUUAGAUGAUGCUAGAAGAAAGAAGCUUGUUGUCCGAUAUGGGAACUAA